AUCAGAACAGGGCGUUCAACGCACCACCAUUUCCGUUUAAAAAACGUUUUGCAUAGUUUUGUCGGGGCUGAACGCAGCCCUGGAAUAGCUUGAGGUGAGAGGCCAUUGGCCCAGCAUUGCUCGUUGGUAGCCCUGGCACGCACUGGCCCGACAGUGGAAAAGCGGCCAGUGAAGAUCAUAAACUAAUCUCUGAGACAGUUCUUCAGUUCUUGCAUAACACACUAUAUAAGAAUUUAGUUCAAACUUUAACCUGUGGAGGUCAGUAAUACGCCUAGUAGCGUCUACACUGGCGGAAAUCUACAAGAAGGUGAAAAGAAGAGAAGAGGAACAGACUGCAUCAUUGGAGGAAAGCUUUCAUAAAUAAACACGGUGUUCUGGAUGCAGACUGAAGCUACAUAAUGACAAAAUGUUCAUUUUUGGGAGGUGAUCCAUCUGUCUUGACAUGGCUUGGGAUUUCAAACCUGGCGAUCUGAUUUUUGCUAAAAUGAAGGGUUAUCCCCACUGGCCUGCAAGGAUUGAUGAGAUUCCAUAUGGAGCUGUCAAACCAUCAAAUAUAAAGUUUCCUAUCUUCUUUUUUGGCACUCAUGAAACAGCAUUCUUGGGUCCAAAAGACAUCUUUCCCUAUUUGCCUAACAAAGACAAGUAUGGCAAACCUAAUAAAAGGAAGGGUUUUAAUGAAGGCUUGUGGGAGAUUGAAAACAACCCUAAAGUGGAGCUUAACGGACAUAAGAUAAUGAAUGCUGGAGCAAGUUCUGUUAAGAACUUAAGCAGCAGUCAAGAGUGGAAUGAUGAGAAGAGGAGAAAGUCUGCUCAAGUGGCUGACAGUGAGGAGGAGGAGGAGAAGGAGAAGGAUGAUUGUGGUGACAUGGAGGUUUCUGAUCAGGGACAAAUGAAAGAUGAAGACCCAUCACAUAAAGAUACCACAAAUGUCUCUGCCAAAGAUAAAAGAGGAAGGAAGAGAAAGAUUGAAGCUGAACGAGACUCUGAUACAGAAAACUCAAGCCCCACUUCAACUGCUCCUGGGUUAGAUUUAUUAUCAGCAGGUGGAGCAGUUCCAUUACUAAAGCGCAGAGGAAGAAAACCUAAAAUGGAGAAAUCACUACUGCUGCAACAACAGGCUUCAGAGGAGCCAUUGAGGAUAGGAAAAGAUGGAAAGCGAUAUGACCGAAAAGGAGACAAGAGAAAGGAAGUUUCUGCAGAGUCCAGACUGCAGAAGUUGCACGGGGAUAUUAAAACAUCUUUGAAGAUUGAUAACCUUGAUGUGAGGAAAUGUUUAGUUGCAUUGGAUGAGUUGAGUUCAUUGCAUGUUACUACUCAACAUCUUCAGAGACACUGUGAACUCAUAGCUACUCUUAAAAAGAUCCGAAGGUUUAAAGCCAGUCAGGAUGUGAUGGACAAAUCCAUGAUGCUUUAUAAUAAGUUUAAAAGCAUGUUUUUAAUGGGAGAAGGAGAGUCCGUGCUCAGUCAAGUACUCAAUAAAAGUCAGAAACAGUCAGAGAAAAAACACAGAGAGACUGAAGAGGCCAAGAGGGGAGUGCUAAAAAACACAGAACAGACCAAAGAGCAGAAAGAUACCAAGAUUUUGAAUGGAGAAUUCAACCCUGAAGUUGAUGCUGAGACAGCAAAGGACAGAUCAGGAGAGAAUAUCUUAUCUGUGGUGAAAAACAAUGUGACUAAUCCUUCAGAGGAGUCUGUCUGAAGAUGUUUGUUAACCGAAGAACCACCAGUCUCAGCUGCCCAGUGGAAGAUCAUUUCCACAUUGCCAGCAUCCUAAAGAUCAUUAUUUUUUGCCCACUCAUCACAUUAGUGAUGUUACAGUACCUACUUAGAAGCAUAAAUGUGUUCAAUUUAAUUUUUAGCUUUAUUCUGCUGUUGCAUCUUUAAAAUUGUCUCCCAAGUUUAUUUGAAUACAGUCAAGUUUAGUUGAUUCUUGUUUGUUUCAGUAUUCAUGCUCAUAAGACUGCUGUCAUAAAACUUGUUUAGCCUUAAUAAAGUUUACCUUUUUCA